UGACACUAUCAAAAUGGAUUUCGUAUCUUUCCUGUCUUUUGGGAUAUAUUUUAUCCGUAUGUGUAAAAUAUAUCCAAAGUGCGCAUGAUGAAUUCCAGGAACAGCUAUCUAUUUAGGUGGAUUGCACCGAGUGUAGUUUUAAUUUUUAUCUCUACUUAUUAUUCACGUGACAAGUUAUGUUUUCAAAUUUAGGUUCAAAUUUUGUAAUUUCCUAAUGUUCACUGAAUGGGUUUAGGCAAGAGUCUGGUUUUCUUAUCAAACAUUCUCAUUCUUUACAUUACAAGUAGGAGGUUCUACUCUUCUGUCCAUGAUUUCGUCAAGAUUGUAUUAAGUGUUUUGAAAAGUCUUAAUGAUGAAGAUGUAUUACAAGAAGUUUGUAAAGAAAUAAUCGAAAAGUGGUCAGAGGCCCAAGAUGUUGAAAUCAGUGAGAAGAAAGAAGAUGAGAUCCAAGCCAUUACGAACAUAAUUGAAAAGCAGGCACAGAUUGUCGUGAAACCUAAGGAGGUCUUGAAGGAGGAUACACUUCAGAAAGCUGCUCUCCUGGCACAAUAUGCUGAAGUGACAGAUGAUGAGGAUGAAGUAAAUGUACAUGAAGAUUUGGGAGCAGCAGCAAUGCCUAUUGCUUCUAAUAAAUCUUUGUUCAAAAAUACAAACCUGGAAGAUGUUAUGAAUGCUCGUAAGCUGGAAAGAGAACAUCUACGUGAUGAAUCCCAGCGAAAGAAAGAGCGGGACAAAUUCCAGCGAGAGAAAGACAAGUUGACCAAGCAAGAACGCAAGGAGAAAGAGAAGAAGAGGACACAAAAAGGCGAGAAGAAGCGGUAGCCAAGAACAGCUGCUGGACUUUCUUCCCCUCCAUUAUGUAAAAGAUGGCACAGCAUGCACGUUCAGCCAGAGUGAUCAGCAGACAGAAGCUUUUUGAACAUUUUUUUUUUUCAAAGCAGCAGCAUGCACUUGGCAAGAUUUGCAGGGAGAGGGGAUGGUUUCUCUCUCAUGAUAAAAACUUUGAUUUAAAAUUUUGUGUAUACAAUUUUGCUGUCCAAGCAUUUGGCUGAAUUGUCAUAGCCAAAAUGUAUAACCAAAGAACUGGUGAAUUUUUGUUUUUCCUCCUUGUCAUUUUCUCUUCUUAUAAGUAUUUUCAUGAAAACUGUAAAGUUAAGGAACUUCUAUAAUAUUCAGUCUACCCAAAGAUUACUUAUAGGUGGUGGAAUUGUUGAGGAAAAAUUUGGUUUUGCUACAUGUAUUUGUCAAGAAGAGAUAAUACACCAUGAUGAGCAUAUAAGAUUGGAUUUAGAUCAAUGCAGUAAACAUCUGACAUCAAAUGUGAGACAACAUAUUUCAUUUGUUGAGGAUUGGCCUAAUGAAUUUUUGUGUGACUUCAGCAAAGGUGUAUUGUUCCUACCUUAGGUAAAGUUCUGUGAAUUUAACUAGUAUGUUACAUGCUUGUUCGCUUGCUCCAUGCAUUCUUUAUAAUCUACCAUAUUUAUCCCAAACAAAGACUACUAAAUUCAAUAUGAUUUCUAUCUCUCUGCAAAGAUCCUUAAUGUUUAUAAUAAUAAUUUUAGCAAAUCUCAGAUGACUUCCAUUUUAGAAGGAAAGUAUUUUGGAACAAGAAGAAUUUUCCUUUCAUAGAAAUACAAUGUUUUGUAUUUGUAUGUGUACACAUUGUGUUUGUAGCAGUGAAGUCUCUGCUUAAGUUUUGCUAUAAUGCAGAAGCAUGGUCAUCUUAAUGACAUGGGGCCUAACGUUAUUGCUUUGCUUUCCUCUUUAUUAUAAUAGGUGCUCCCAAAGCAUCUUUUUUUUAUCCUGCUACUUAUCCUAUUAUUGUUUUAUAGUGUUAGUACAGCAUCAACAUUUCAGCAUCCAGGAUUCUGGCUACUUGAUUCCAGACUUGAUACAAUGAAUACUACCCCUGUUUGAUGCAGUCACUCUCUUAAAUGUUUUAGAGUAAUUGCUGUACCUUCCUAAUUAUCAUCUUUUCCUUGCUGAUACAUUAACUGAUGAUUUAUUGAAAGUUGAAGGCCAAGAACAGGAGAACAUCAUGUAAAGGAAGGCUAUAUUAAUUUGCCCCAUUCUUUUAUUUAUUACAAUAGGUCUUAGUAUUAAUUGCAACAUUUAAUCAUUUUGAGAUAUUAGCAAAGACAUACUUAAAGUGACAAUAAAGUUAUUCUAUUCUAAUAACUAUCUGAUCACAAAUAAAAUAUUUCUAACAUUUUGUUGAAAGAACUCACUACUUGAUCUCUUACUUGAUUAAUACUGUGUUUGAAUAACUUCAUGUCUUGAGAUUUUUUAAGGAUACAGCUGUUGUGACAUAUACUGUUGGCAUUGCGGUCAAAUCAUAUUCUUUACAUUUGUAGUACUAAAUAAUUUAUUUUAACAAUAAUUUCCUUGUCAAUGCUCAUAGGGCACUAUUACUUGUUCUUUAUACGUAUCUUCUCUCCAACUUCUUAACUGUGCCAUUACUGUACUAAAUGUAGCUAUAUUAACUUUCACAUAACUUUUCCAAAUGUCAACUUGGAGUUUUAUGUAGUAUGUUUCAUUGCCCUGAGGAACCUAUGGAGGAAGAGGCCUUGCAACAAUUAGUUUCAGAGGGUCUUGAUUAAAAAGGUACAUUCUAGCACCUGAUGUGAUGGAUGGAAUGGGAAUGUAAAAGAGUAGAGUAGAUAUUUUAUUGGCCAUAUGUGAUUGGACAAAGAAGGAAUUUGUCUCCAGUGCAAAAGCUCUCAGUGUACAUACAAACAAAGUAAUAUAAUCUUAAGAUACCAUUAGGAGAAGGUCAUUGAUAUGGAGAGAGCGAGCACACAGCCCUGGGGAGGGGGGGGGCACCUGUGCUAAUUGAAUGGGUAUUCAAUGUGAUUUUAUGGCUUUACCGGCCAGAAAGCUAUAAUUGCUGUGUGUUGGAGUUUGCUGUAUUACUACGUGUAUGUAUUUUAUUCCUAGUGUAUAUUGUAGAUAGUAUAAUAUAAACAACCAUUUAAUACAAAA